CGUUUCCUGCAUACAAAUGGCGGGUGUGUGUUCGAUUUACUCGACGAUACACGUGGUCUACGAGAAUUGCACAUUAUGCAAAGAUACUAAGAAAUCUUUGGGUCUAUUUUAUGACUCAUUUCUUUGACCCUGGAUCAUUCGGUUAACGAUGGUCGACCGCACAUCAAACUAGAACGUUCACGGUAACUGUAAAGUUGAAUCGACCAGUCGGCAAAACAUUGCGACAAAUGGCGUAUCUAAUCGAUAAGAAGAAAUAAACCAUUGAGGACAUAUAUACGCCAUUUGCAAUGACAAUUUCUAGAAUAUUAAUUCGAACGUUUCGUCAUGUAAACGUGAUGAGGAAAUAGUCAUGUGGUAUUUUCAUUAGUCAUUGUUUGAAUAUACCUGAACUAUAAAUGGUUCCGCUAUUGGUAUACCUUGAAUAUUAGAAUUAGAAAUGAUAGAGAUUUUGUAAAAGUUCGUAAACGACAAUUAUACGUAAAAUGUGAGCGGAAUUCGGUAACAUUUCGGGUCGUUGAUCUUACCCGAUAUUCGAUAACAAGGUCAGCCGAGCAAAAGCACGUGGCAUCGAGAAGAAUCGAGAAUGAGCGAUGGCCAUUCAGAAAAGUCUAAACAGUACAAAAGCUUGCUAAGCGCAUUCAAACAAAUUUUGAAGACUGAAGGAGUAAGAGGACUUUACAAAGGUAUAGUACCAAAUGUUAUCGGAUCUGGAAGUGCAUGGGGCUGCUACUUCCUUUUCUACAAUACCAUUAAAUCAAAGAUCCAAGGGGGAGACGUGGAGAAAGCUUUAGGACCCGCGAUGCACAUGUGUGCUGCAGCAGAAGCUGGAAUUCUUACUUUAAUUAUAACAAAUCCACUUUGGGUAGUAAAGACACGUUUGUGUUUGCAAUACAAUGAGGAUGUGAAUCUUCCGGAAUCGAAAAGGUACAACGGUACAAUAGAUGCAAUUAGAAAGAUUUAUAGAACAGAUGGAAUCAGGGGCUUCUACAAGGGCUUUUUUCCUGGAAUGUUAGGUGUUUCACAUGGUGCCAUUCAGUUUAUGGUGUAUGAAGAAUUGAAAAACCGUUACAAUAGGCAUUUGAAUGUUGCAAUUGACACAAAACUGGCUCAACAGUAUUAUAUCAUGUUCGCGGCUGUUUCAAAAUCGAUCGCAGCAGGUCUAACUUAUCCAUAUCAAGUUGUCAGAGCACGUCUUCAAGAUCAUCACCAUGAUUACAAAGGCACCGUUGACUGUGUUCAAAAGAUAUGGAGGUUUGAGGGGUGGCGUGGAUUUUACAAAGGUUUGAGCGCGAACCUGGCCAGGGUGGUCCCGGCGACGGUGAUCACGUUUGUGGUGUACGAAAAUGUUUCUCGGUUCCUUCGUCGCUGGAGGGAUGAAGACAGAACAUCGCUGCCUUUUAUAGUGAAGGAGAUCGAGAAUUAAAUAAUUAUUUGAUUCAAGUCAACACUGCCAAUUGAUCGAAACAGAAUGGUUCAAUUAUUCAGUUUUGCCGCUUUAAUUUAAAUGGAGCACCCCGGAAGUCGAGUGUUCCAGUUAAAUUAGAGUUUUAAUAAAAAUUUGAAAAUUAACUGUAUUGCAUUUUGACUCGAAAUAAUUUAUUUAUUUAAAGUUUCGCCGCCUCAAUUUAAGCGGAGCACCCCGGAAGUCGAAUCGUAUCUCGAAAAGGAAACUCCAGUUUGAACUCGAAAAAGAACUCGCAGUUUUCAUGGUGUUUUUAAUUAAUUGGCAAAGUUUGAAUAAUUGUCAUGAUUAUGCUCGACGAAAAUUUUGGUUAAAUUGCAGAAGAACGGAACAGCAUGCAUUUAAUUAAUUCCAAUCAUUUAACGAGUUGCAUCUGCAAGAUUUAGACGAGAUUUUCUUUCACAAACGUCGUACUUGUAUCCAUAUGGUUAUCAUGUACGAUCAAACCACAUAUUGCAUCGUUAUUAUUGAAAGCAAUUGUAAAUACAGCAACCGAAUUGUUACCAUUGAUCAGAAUUUCAUUUAUCUCAAGUUUUUUCGAACGUUAUCGAUUUUACACUAUACCCCUACGAAUUGUUCGACCGGAAAUGAUUUAAAUGCACACUACGUACACAAAAUUGCGAAUUUUACAAAGUGGAAUUGCAACAAGCGUUGGAAACAUUGUACGGUUGUUAAGUUUCACUUAAUUCGUACCAAUUGGAUUAUUUUAAAUUGUAUUUAUUUUCAAUUGGUUCGAACAACGAUACAUAGGAUAAUUGAAAAAAAAAUCGUAUCCAUCGGUGUGAAACAAAAUUGGAUGCAGUUUCAGUUUUAAUUCCUUUGAAAUGAAUUUUCAUGCCAACUUUUUAUUAUUCUAAUUAACGAUUGUAUGACGUGAAUGAUACUUGUAAACACUUGUUCAAAUAUUCAUAAAUCCGGAACACUUUAGUUCCUGAAUCAUGCGUAUUUAUUAUUAAAUUCUGGAUUUAUGAUUUAUUUAUACCGAGGCGAAAGCAUCAGUAAACCUUUGGUGUUAAUUGUCAUGCAGAAUCAUUUUAAUGUUGUAUCCAUCAUCAAUGCUUAAUAGGAUACGUGACUUAAUGCUCUUUAUUUAUUUCAUGUAAAUGCGAUGUACAGUUUCGAUGUUUAUUCAAAAAUCAUUUGCAGUGACUGUAUGAGAAGUUUCAAUCUUCUGAAAAAUAUGAAGGGUAAUUAGAUGCUCGUUACGUAGUACGUAAGUAUCUUCAUUUCAUUUCUUUGUGGGAUAAGAAUUACUUAAGCCUCUCGCUUAUAAAAAAGAUGAUUUACGUGAAAA